UUUCAUUCCUUCAUUCAUUCGUUGGUACCGCUAGCUUUACGCUUGAAGUAUGAUAGUUUCUGCGUGGUACGAUAUUUCCAUUCACAGUUAUUGAAAUGUAUCCUUGCUUGUGUGGUGAAAUAUCUGGAAAUACGAAAUGUUUUCGUAGCAUGUGUGAACUGUAAUUGUUAAAAAUAUUUUUUACAACGAUCAACAAAAACGAUAGAGGUGCAAUGUGGCCUACUAGACGACUGUUAAAAUACGGCCUCAUCGGAGGAUCAUUGGUUGGAACCGUUCUGAGUUUGCAUGCAAAUGACUAUGAUAUUAACUCAAUAGGUAUAGUCAGGUUGGGUCGAGCAGGAGUAACUGUUUUCGACAUUGCUGCUACUUACCAAGCCAAUUUGUACAAACAGAAAUGGCCAGACAAAACAGAUCCAAUCUAUAUAAAAUUAAAAAGCGACACGCAUAAGCUGGCUGCUGAAAAGUUACUAGAACUUUGUCGCUCUAAUCGGGGAGUGUACAUAAAAGUUGGACAACAUAUUGGUGCACUGGAAUACUUACUUCCAUACGAGUACGUGAAUACUAUGAAGAUUUUACACAGUAAUGCUCCGCAAAAUCCCUUAGAAGACCUGUAUAAAGUAAUACGCCAAGAUCUUAAGGUGAAUCCUGAAGAUAUUUUUUCAUCAUUUGAUGCAGAACCACUUGGAACGGCAUCCUUAGCACAGGUGCACAGGGCUACACUUAAGGAUGGUACUGAAGUUGCUGUUAAAGUUCAGCAUCCAUACGUGCGAGGAAAUUCAAUAGUAGACAUCAAAACAAUGGAAACUUUGGUCAAACUAGUAGGGUGGACUUUCCCAGAUUUCAAAUUCCAGUGGUUAGUGAAAGAAACAAAACGAAAUUUACCCAUUGAAAUGGAUUUUGAGCAUGAAGGACAUAAUGCUGAAAAAGUAGCCGAAAUGUUCAAAGAGUACCAGUGGCUUAGGAUUCCAAAAAUUUUCUGGGAAUAUACCACCUCUCGAAUUUUGGUGAUGGAAUUUGUCCAAGGCGGUCAAGUCAACGAUUUGGAUUAUAUCAAAAAAGAAAAACUUGACCCAUACGACAUUGCCAACAAGAUAGGUCAGCUGUAUGCCAAUAUGAUAUUUUUGAAAGGGUUCGUUCACAGUGAUCCUCAUCCGGGUAAUAUUUUGGUGAGAAAAAGCAACAAAGGAGACACUGAGGUGAUAUUAUUAGAUCAUGGUCUGUACGCGAACUUAACGGAAAAAUUUCGUUAUGAGUAUUCGAAAUUAUGGUUGAGUAUAUUAAAAGUAGAUCAAAUGGGAAUGAAGAAGCAUGCUCACGCCCUUGGAGUCGAAGGUAGCAUGUGGGGACUGUUUGCUUGCAUGGUUACUGGACGGCCAUGGAACUCCGUCAUUAGUGGUAUUGACAGGGUAAAACAAGAUGAAAGCGAGAAAGAAAUGAUUCAGAAGGAAGGAAAACUCGUUAUUCCACAUAUUUCAGACGUUUUGGAAAAGGUAGACCGUCAGAUGUUACUGGUAUUGAAAACGAACGAUCUGAUUCGGGGGAUCGAAACGACACUUAAAACUCAGAAUAGAAUGACUGCCUUCUGGGUGAUGAGCAAAUGCUGCAUUAAGAGUGUUGGUAAUCAGGAAUACCUGGAAGCGACGGAUCCAUGGCGCAAACUGUCCACAUGUCUCCGGGAGAAUUGGGCUAUUCUGAAGCUGAACCUGUACUAUCUGUACCGAGGUUUAAUGAGUUUACAUUUGUUCUCAGCACUGAGAAUGAUAUUUUGAGUCUAGCAAACGAGGACAACCGAUUUCGAUGAAAGCAUUAUCAUUUCAUGUUAUUAAUAUAGGUUUACAAAUUUUGUGAAGAGAAUUGUUUGUUCCCCCGGUUAAAGCCGAAGUAAAAUGAAUGAUAUAUAAAAAAGAGAAUUGUUUAUAUUCGAUACCAAUUGAUGCUUUUAAGUGUUUGAGCUCGUUUGUAUAAUGAUUCACAAAUAAAUCUAUAUAUUGA